UCUCUGCCAACUGAAUCAACUGUGUUUCAUCUCGCUGUAAAUCUUGAUCCCCAAAAUGCUUUCUUCCUCUCGUCAUUCCCAGAUUCUGAUCCUAACCUAAACCAGUAAUAGAGCAAACUCGAUGGUGAUGGUAGGUCCGCCGAAGAAGCACUUGCUACCUCUAUUCGUCUUCCUCCUAUUCCUAUGCGCCCUAUUUUUCCUCUACUCCAGUUCUCCUUCUCUCAACCUCACGCCUUCUAAUUUCGAUCAAUCCUCCAUUUCCCAAACCUUUCCUCUUAAUCCCCAUCCUGUCCCCUCCACCUUCACUUUCCUCAUCAAGGUCCUCACAUUCAACCGCUUACACUCCCUCUCUCGCUGCCUCCAUUCUCUCGCCGCCGCCCGCUACGGCGCCGAUCGAGUUCACCUCCAUGUCUACGUUGAUCAUUUUGUUCUCGACCAGUCCACCACAGACGAUCAGCUUGAGGAGUCGCGUAGGAUCUUGGAAUUCGUGGACCGCUUCGAAUGGAAGUUCGGGGACAAGGUGGUGCAUUACCGGACCUCCAAUGCCGGAUUGCAGGCGCAGUGGCUAGAAGCAUGGUGGCCGAGUUCCGAAGAUGAGUUUGCCUUCGUGGUGGAAGACGACCUGCAAGUUUCACCUCUUUAUUACGAGUUUCUUAAGAGCGUGAUCCUUAAUUACUACUAUAAUUCUUCUAAUUUCAGUCCCUCCAUUUAUGGAGCUUCUCUUCAGCGACCAAGAUUCGUUCCAGGUAAACAUGGGAAUAAAAUACAGCUAGAUAGUGGGACAAGGCUUUUCUUGUACCAAAUAGUUGGAACUUGGGGCCAGCUUCUUUUCCCCAAACCUUGGAAAGAGUUCAGAUUAUGGUAUGAUGAACACAAGGCAAAGGGAAUGAAGCCUUUUCUUGAAGGCAUGGUGACAACAGGAUGGUACAAAAAGAUGGGAGAAAGGAUUUGGACCCCUUGGUUUAUUAAAUUUAUUCAUUCUCGUGGAUACUUUAAUAUUUACACGAAUUUUCUGCAUGAGAGAGCAUUAAGUGUUUCUCACAGGGAUGCUGGUGUUAACUAUGGAAAAACAAUUGGGCCAGACUCCCAAUUAUUGAAUGAAACUUCUCUUGAUUUCAAUUUUCUGGAGAUGCAGCCAUUGAAUAAUCUCAAAUGGUAUGAUUUCUGCUUCAGGGAAGUUCAUCCUGGAAGAGUAGUCAGGAAUUUAGAUGAACUUGGGACGGUUCUUAUGUCUGUGCAAAGACAGGAGACCGUUCUGUUUGUGAGUCUAUUUGGCGUGUCAGAGAUUGUCACAAGGAAUAUACUCUGCCACUUUGAGAGACUUAAUACUCAGAAUUAUAUCUUUUUUGGCCCCCAUUCUGACUUACUCUUUGACCUUGCAAGAAGGGGACACGCUGUAAUUGAUGUAGACCAGUUUGUCAAUGAUGCCAAGGUUUAUAAAUUGACGAGGUUUAGACAUUCCAAUGCUGAGUUUAUGAAGGAGGUUUUGGUGAAGGCUUAUAUUAUUAAGAAGUGUCUGGAUUAUAGGUACAAUAUGUGGUUUAUGAAUAGUAACAUGCUUUUUGCCGCUAAUGAUGUGUUCCUUGAGGCUGUCACUCCCACCUUAGACGUCUAUAUUGGGAAGAACAUGGAACUUUUCUUUAGCCGUAGUUCAUCUUCCAUGCAGAAAAUUUGGACUGAUGAUUUUUUUAACAAUUUCGUCACCACGUUGAAUAAAGUAUCAUCAAAUACAGAGAGUAGAAAGUUUGGGCAAGUAGUGCCAAAGUUAUUGGAGCAGAUGGGUGUGAAAAUCGGAAUUAUUGAUGAGGCAAACUUCGCUGUUAAUAUUGGUACCAGUAGUAUUAAUCAGACCUCCUCUGGGACUGGGAAGAAGAUUUUUUAUUGGUCUUCUGAGAUAGGUUCCGAUAUUAUAGCAAAGAGACUAAAAGAGCUAAACAUGUGGCUUAUAGAUGGGGAUUUCUCCUGCACCGCUGUUGUUUGUCAUCAAUGAUAGGAUCCGGUACAGUGGUAUUACAAUUUUGCUUUAGAUUCUUCUUUUUGGUUUAUAGCAGUCCUUGUAAAUCAUUUGUACCAAUACUCAUAUUUACAUAUACCAUCCUAGUAAGAUGGC